UGUAGCUCCUGAUCAGUGAUCGCGCAGUUCAGCAUCGGCGUUUUGUAAAAAAAAAAAGAAAGUCGCGUGUGCAAACACAAUACAUGAUGAAUAACAAUUAAACGAUUUCUGUCUCCAAGUACAAAAAGUUGGAGAGGAAUUACGGUGAGAAAUAACGGAUACACAGACUACACGGAAGAAUUGUGUAACAUGGAGCAGCCAGAGAAGCAUUACGAACUGCGAAACCGCAGUCGCUCCAGAUCAGAAACUCCACAGGCAUUUAGUCGCACUGUCACUGAGAAUGAGACUGGGGAGCAUCAUUAUGACCUUAGGAGUAGGAGUAGAGAGAGAUCUAUGACUCCUGGAGAAGUCACCAGCAGCAACAGAAGAUCUACUUCCAGAUCAUUACCCAGCAGUGUGGUAAAAGCACGUACCAAAGCAAUGGACACAAUAGAGGAGCAAAAGGAUGAUACUCUGACAGAGAGUACUAUGGGGACACAGAGCAAGUCUGUCACCAAGGUAACUAGAAAGUCUGAAAGACGUUUGGAGAGGCAGAGGGUCAAGAGGCAGCUGUUAGUCAAUGGUCCAAAUAAACUAAAAGAUGAUUCUUCGGAUACUAAGUCUGAAACCAAGGAAGAAAGACAUAGAGAAAGUAUCACACCAAAAAGGAAUAUGACCAGUGAUUAUUCCUCUGAAGAAGGUGAUAGGGAUGACAACAGGUCUGGUUCUGCUUAUGAGUUCUAUAAGCAACAAGGCGAUUAUUGGAACAAAUUUCCGAAGACAGAUUACACCUACUCGCAAACGUCGACAUGUCGAUACGAGGUUGCUCCAGGAGUUAUGGCCAUUCCUAACAUGUCGCGACGAUCACUACGCUCUGAUAAUAGCUUUUACAGCAGCCAGUCUUCCAAGGCCAGCUCCAAUGAGGACAGUAGUACUAUGGACGCUAGUGAAAUUCGGCGUAACUUAGCGAACUCGGUUUCUCAACUUCCACAACACAUCAGAGGUUCCAGCAAUUUGGGAGUCAUCAAGAGAACGUAUGUCGAGAGAUCCACCGUCAGGAGAGAGGAGUACAUUUAUGACUCCUCCACUGACAACCAAAUCAACGAAAAAUAUGAAUCGUGGGCGAAUCCCUUAUUGAAUUCAAAUUCGAAUACUCGCCACAGGAUUCCAUCGAACAUAGAUUCUGAUACGGAAUUGGACAAUGCAAUAGUGUCAAAUCACACGAGCAGUUAUCUGCGUUCCAAAAAUCGUCAGAGUAUUUUCAAUAGUAUAGUUAGUCUCACGUCGACGUUCAUUUUCACGACAUUACAUUUGAUCACAUUCAACCAGUUCAAAAAGCGCAAUUACGUCAGUAGUACUAGUCAUUAUUACCGCCGCUACGACGAGAGCAAAUGGAACAUAGUUCGCCGACAGAUUGUAACGUUAAUGCAGUAUAUGUAUUUAUCACUCGUUAAAGUUGGACUGCUCGACUCAUGGUUACUUAGCAGAGCUUCCAAUAUUCGAAAUCGAGUCCAAGGCCGUCGCGCUAAAAUACUUUGGCUUAUAUUUCUUCCACUUCUUCUGACGAUUGGAUGCUGGUGCAUACCACACUUUAUGUCUGCCAUUCCAUUGUAUACCAAACAAGCCAUAACCAAAAUUGAAGAAAUAGCACAAAUUACAGAAAGUCCAUAUAUAAGAGAAGAUUUCCAAUCAAAUGAAGAGUUGAGGAAAACAGUUAAUCUCUUGAUUGCUCGAGUUCAACAUUUAGAAGCCGCUAAGGCUGAACAGUUUAAAAAUUUAUCCAAUGUUACACGAAUGUUAGAUGAUUUCAGACGGUCUGACAGCGAAUUAUGGAAACAUUAUGAUGAAAAACUGCUGAAUUUGGAACACGAGUUGAUCGAACAAGACAAUGUUAGGGAACAGUGUAAAAGCGAAGAGAUCGAUUUUAUACGCGUUGAGUUUCAAACUCUCAAAAAACUCUAUACCGAAUUGAAAACCUGCUGUGACAAGACUAUGAAUCCCAUCAGCGAGGAGGACAUAAGGAAACAGGCAGACCAAGUAUUUGCCAGUUACUUUGGUGAUUCGUUUUUAAAGGACGAUGUUGCCAGGUUAUUCCAAAUCAUGAAUUCAAAGAUCCAUCAGGAGAAUAUCGAAAAGGAAAAUAUUGAAAAAAGUGUCGAUUAUGGUGAACAUGCAAGUUUAGGUGUAGAUGAGAUUCGACGAAUGAUUUUUAAGAUUUUGAAGAUCUACGAUGCGGAUAAGACUGGUCGAGUUGAUUAUGCUUUGGAAUCAGCAGGUGGGCAAGUCAUCAGUACUCGUUGCACGCAGCUAUACAACAUCCAUUCACGAGCUUUUAAAAUUCUCGGCAUGACAUUAUAUUAUGAGAGCAACAAUCCGCGAACUGUUAUUCAAGGAAAUACUCUUCAGCCAGGCAUGUGUUGGGCAUUCCAGGACUUCCCUGGUUACUUGCUGAUUAAACUUCGUAGUACGAUUUAUGUAACGGGAUUUACCAUUGAACAUGCACCGCGAAGCAAUUUGCCAAAUGGAGAAAUGAAGAGUGCGCCAAAGUUGUUUAACGUUUGGGGGUUAAGAGAUGAAAACGAUAUGGAACCCGUGAAGUUUGGGGAGUACAAUUUCUUAGAGAGCGAUGAAAGUUUACAGUACUUUCCAGUUCAAAAUAAGUCCAUAACAUCGCCAUAUGGCUUCGUUGAAUUGAGAAUUCACAGCAACCACGGUCAGUUGGAAUACACGUGCCUCUAUAGAUUUCGAGUUCAUGGUGUUAUAGCAUGAUUAACUAUUGAACAAAGUGAAUUAAAAUCAUUUUAUAAAUUUCGUGAACGGUUCUCAAACAAGUAGGUCUAAUAAUUCAUCAAUAAAUGAAUGUGCCUUUGCGAGUGAACCGUUAAUAGAUAACGGAAACGCAUAAUAUUUUUUACGCACCAACGCAGAUCUAAAAGAAGUUUGAUCUGAAUUAUUUGUAAUGGAGAUUCAAAGAGUAUUUUUUAUGUAAUUGAAAGACUCUUAUUUACUCUUAAAUACUUUUCUCAAAGUUACCGACUAUUGAGCGAGAAAGAUUUGUGGGAUGUAUAUUGCUGUUGCUUCCGUAGUCUGGCGUUAUUGAUUGCUUGACACCCCCUAUUUUUUUAACUUAUUUAUUUUAUCCGAAAGUGAUCAGUGACGACAGAUUCAUUAAUGAUAAUGCUACAUUAGUGAUAUAUAUCGUUGCUCGGAGCGACUCUUACAGCCGGACAAAUAUGUACCGACGCAAAACAGUACAAAUUGUAAAAAAACACCUUCCUAGUUUAAUAGACUCUAAGUCAUGCUUUUUGUAAAGAAAUAAAAACAAAUCAUUGAUUAGUCGUUGAGUGAUAUUAUGAAACUAUUGAAGUCUACUCUUAUUGAUUGUAAUAUAAAAAGAAAAUAAUUAAGGAGCACCUCGCACGUGCAAUUUACGUCGCCGCGUACUAUAAUAAAACAGGGAAGCAGCCUUCCUUUUUUUUACCCGAGUGUCAUUCAAUAAUGCACGCUUCCUGUCGAGAAUAGAGUUUAAGGUUUGAAAAUGAAUAAAGUUUGA